GUCGUACAUUCAUGAAGAAAUCAUGGGCAGACAUGAUAGACGCAUUCAACGAUAGAUUUGAGUGUCAUUACGGCAAGGUUGUUCUGAAAAACCGGUUUAAUGUCCUGAGGAGACAUUACUGCUCUAUUAAGGUUCUCCUUGGCAAAGAAGGGUUUAGUUGGGAUAAGACGCAACAGAAAGUGGUGGCUGAUGACCAAUCUUGGCAUCAAUGCAUCAAGGCAAAUCACAACUUUCGGCUAUACAAAAUGAAAAGCAUGCCUUUUUAUCCUGCCAUGUGCAUCAUAUGCCAGAAUGAAACUAUGCCUGUGAGCAUAAGCAAGUCACAUCUUAAAAAUGGAUUUUCUGAGGACAAGACUUCUACCAGAGAUGCUCAGCCGCAACCUAAUGCACAUAAAGGAGAAGAGCAUAUGAAUGGUGACAAGAACUUUACACGAGAAACUCAGAUGCUCUCUAAAUCAGAGAAGCAAGCAUUGCAUUUGGGUGGCGAAAAGAACGUUCCUGGUCACCAAAAAAGGCAUCAACCUGAAAUGCCUCGGAACUUGAACGAGUCUAAGAGGGCAAGAAAUUGUAAUGGGGGAGUGCAAGAUAUACUGAAACAUAGGAUGGUCGCGAUCUCAGUUUCUUCGCUAACGAAGAAAAACAAGAAAGAGGACAAGUUUUCUAUAGAUAAUGUAAUCAGUGUGCUUCAGACUAUACCAGACAUGGAUGACGAUCUGAUAUUGGAUGCCUGUGACUUCUUGGAAGAUGAAAGAAGAGCGAGAAUGUUUCUAGCUUUGGAUACUAAUCUGAGGAAGAAAUGGUUAAUGAGAAAACUUCGUCCGUAGUAACUGAUGAAUCUGGUGAAACUUGUUCCGAGGCACGGUGAAUGAUUUAUGUUAUCCGUAACUGUAAUCGCUUGGCGCUCAAUCACUGAACAUGGUGCCGUGAUUCUUUUGCCUAACUAGGAUUGAUAUUGAACACGAAAAUUUUAUGUUCAAAAUUUUUUUGGUCGACAUGUUGACUGAACAAGAUAAUUUUUUCAUAAAUGAUAAUAGACUGUGAUUUGUACGUA